CUCGUUCAAUUUCAAAUCAGUCGGGGAGCAAGGGGGAAGCGUCUGAAGCGUGCCUCGCAUUCUGAGUGCACAAACCAGUCUUUGCCUGACGUUUAAGCGUCAAGGUCGUCUUUAAAGGAACAAUGGCGAGCGCUGCGGCAGGCCAGUCACCGGCGGAGAAGAAGGGGGCCAAGGCCGAUGCAAACAACAAUGAGAUGAUUGCAAAGGCUGCAGGCGUCGUCAUUGCUGCAGGCAUAGGCCUGACGCUUUUGAAAGCAGGCCGCAAGAAGAAGGUGAACAAUGAGGUCGUCAUUGACACACCCGACAUUGAUGACAGCAAGUCACAAGCAGCAGAUCUGGCGUCGGAGGCUGAACACAAGACCAAAGGCUUCUUCGGCAGGGUGGAGAAGAAGGUGAACCAUGCUGGCUCCCGGGCGGAAGAUGGCGCCAAGCAGGGGCAGAGAGAUGCAAAAGCCAAUGCUGACAAGGCCUCCCACGAGUUGAAGAAGGUGGGGCAUGAGGUCAAGGAGUCAGCUGACAAUGCUGCGAAGAAGACCGGUGGAUUCUUCAGCAGGAAGUCCCAUGAGGCAGCGGAUCAAGUCAAGAGUGCUACUCCUACUCUGAAGACGCACACCAUCAGGCAAGGCGACACCCUCUGGGGGCUCAGCAGGGCGUAUGGGGUUGCUGUGGAGGACAUCAAGAAGGACAAUUUCCUCGCGUCAAGCAACCUGGUUCCAGGUCAGACUCUGUCUAUCCGAGUGAGGAAAUAGAGAGCUGCCAACUUUACUUUUUAGUUGCUCCCUCUGGAAAUCUUAGAAAACCACGUAGCUUUGUCUGGUAGUACAUGGAAGAAUAUUCUUGCAACUGCAGAGGCAAUGAGGGAGGCUACCAAUUAGCAAAGAGCAGGCAAUUCAGAGCACUUAGCAUGUGAACCUCUUAAGAAGUGAGCUACUGACUAAAAAGAUCGUGCCUCAUUGUGUGAGGCGUGACUAGUAUUGGCAAUCUUACGCGCGUUUCGAGAGUGAUUGGAUGCAGAGUCAGUUUUGCAAGGGCCAACUAAAUAGGUGCCGGAGCAGAAUUUGCAAGCAACAUUGGCAACGGCACUAAAGUGAGGUUCCAAGCAACAUCGUGGGGCCUUGCGCUGGCAGUUUUUUGCCACCUUGAAGGCGUCCACUUGCAAGUGGGUGUCACACGUUGAGUCAUGGUACUAGACUCGAUCACGAAAAUUUGUCAUACUGCAAAUUUUAGUCUGAUUCAUGCAUAGGGG